AGAAUGUUGUUAUUGUCGGUGGCUACACGCUGCAGAAGAAAGUUGACAAGCUGACUUUCUAGUCUGAAGCUCACCUUUCUGUAUCUCUGGCCCUGGUCUCGGUGUAGGACCCAGUCCAGUCGUAACGUUGGCCUAGCAAUGUCCGCUUUGAAGAUGCUACGAGACAUUCGAUUUCUCAAAUACGUGCAUAUAAAUUCAAUGCGAUCUGCGAUUCGCAUUAAUGGCACACUUUCUGCUCAGAGAAGAUUGCACAGUGGUGGAGAUGAAGUCCAUCUGGCAGUAGAGGCUCAGAAGAGAGCCAAGAGCAAUGCCCCCACCAUUUUCUCAAAAAUCAUAGAGAGAAAAAUUCCUGCUGAUAUCAUAUAUGAGGAUGAUAAGUGUUUAGCGUUCCGAGACGUAAAUCCACAAGCUCCUGUGCACUUCUUGGUAAUUCCCAAAAAAAUCAUUCCCGGGAUCAGCAAAGCUGAAGAUGAUGAUGCACCAAUACUUGGCCACCUCUUAACUGUUGCUAAGAAUGUAGCACACAAAGAAGGACUGCAUGAAGGGUACAGACUGGUGAUUAAUGAUGGGAAGAAUGGCGCCCAGUCAGUCUACCACCUCCAUGUUCAUGUGCUUGGAGGGAGGCAGAUGAGCUGGCCCCCGGGAUAACCACACGCUCUUUUAAUAUCAUGAGGACAGUUGGCCCCCGGGAUAACCACACGCUCUUUUAAUAUCAUGAGGACAGUGGAUGACAAACACACCUUCAUAAAAUGGAAAUGCAGUGUUCAUGCUGAAGAAUGUAUAUUGAUAUUGAAUUAAAGGACAACUGUGUUAAGCUUCAA